GUGUCUGUGAGACCGGUGUACACGAGGAUUCCGUCAACAGAUGAUGCAAUAAAACAGAAAUAUAUAGAGCGGAUAGUAUAAAUAUAAUGCGAUAUUGUUGAUUAUAUAACAUAUAUCGACUGGUUAACAAACAGAAAUAAUCAUGGAAGGUGUUGAGAAAGGUACGCAGCAAUUGAAACUUGGUGAAAUCUACACCUCAGAGGCCACAGGAAGUGACGAGACUGGAGAUGGCAGUCAAGAAAAGCCGUUCAAAACCAUUCUUAGAGCAAUGAAACAUGCAGAACAGGAACCCUUCCCUCCUAUUUAUGUGGACAGUAAAAAGGAAAAUGAGAAGUAUGAGGUGGCCUCUAAAUCACAACUGAAGAAGAUCACUAAACUGUUUGUGCGGGAUCAGCACAAGAAAGCCGACAUUGCUGCCAGAGAGGCAGAAGAUGCUGAAAGAAGAGAAAAGAACUUGGAGGAGGCCAAGAAGAUAGUGAUUGAGGAGGACAAGUCACUGCCUGCCCCCAAACAGAUCAAGAUUCGUAACUCUGUUGAAAUGAGAGAUGUGAGAGUGAAAAUCUUUGGUUGGGUACAUCGACUUCGUCGUCAAGGAAAGAACCUGAUGUUUGUAGUGUUACGAGACGGAACAGGUUUCUUACAGUGUGUUUUCUCUGAUGCCCUGUGCCAGACAUAUGAUGCUGUGCUGUUGUCAACAGAAGCUUCCAUUUGUGUUUAUGGCAAGAUAACCAAGUUACCAGAAGGAAAAGUGGCACCCGACGGACACGAGCUGACUGUGGACUUCUGGGAGUUAGUGGGACAUUCCCCACCAGGUGGCGCUGACACUGUUCUCAACGAGGAAGCUAACAUUGAUGUGCAGUUAGACAACAGGCAUAUGAUGAUCCGAGGAGAAAACACCUCCAAGGUUCUUAAGAUGAGGUCAGUGAUAAUGCAGGCCUUCAGGGAUCAUUUCAUCAACAGAGGAUACUAUGAGGUGACUCCGCCCACAUUGGUCCAGACACAGGUAGAAGGAGGGUCCACGUUAUUUAAACUGAACUACUUCGGGGAGGAGGCCUAUCUCACCCAGUCAUCUCAGCUCUAUCUCGAGACGUGUAUUCCCUCCAUGGGGGACGUCUUCAGUAUUGCUCAGUCAUAUCGCGCAGAGCAUUCCCGAACCAGGAGACAUCUGGCAGAGUAUACCCACAUUGAGGCGGAAUGCCCCUUCAUUUCUUUUGACGAUUUGCUGAACAAAUUAGAGGACCUUGUGUGUGAUGUAGUGGACAGGGUGCUGAACGGACCGUACGGAAGCGUCGUCAAGGAACUCAACCCGAACUUUCAACCUCCAAAGAGACCGUUCAAACGUCUGGAGUACAAGGACGCGAUCACAUACUUGAAAGAACAUGACAUAAAGAAAGACGACGGAACGUUCUAUGAGUUUGGGGAGGAUAUUCCGGAGGCUCCCGAGAGGAAGAUGACGGACCAGAUAAACGAGCCGAUCUUGCUGUGUAAAUUCCCGGCCGAAAUAAAAUCCUUCUACAUGCAGAGGUGCGCGGAUGACCGCAGGUUGACGGAAUCCGUGGACGUCUUGAUGCCCAAUGUAGGAGAGAUCGUGGGGGGAUCUAUGAGAAUUUGGGACCAUGAGGAGCUAAUGGAGGGAUUCAAGCGGGAGGGAAUCGACACCACCAACUACUACUGGUACACUGACCAGAGGAAGUACGGAACCUGUCCCCAUGGCGGCUAUGGUCUUGGACUGGAGCGGUUCAUGUGUUGGCUGCUGGACCGCUAUCACAUCCGCGAGGUCACACUAUACCCACGAUUCGUGGAGCGCUGCAAGCCGUAAACCUGUGACCUACUUAUAGACACGAUACAUGGACAGUAAAUUAUUGUCAUUAUCUACAUGGCAUUCAUCAUGUGUGCACUAACUUGUGAUGAGUGAGGGAAAAGGACAUUAUUAAAAUUGUGAACUCUG